GUUCUCUUUCGCGAGCGUCUCAUUCUAUACGCAAGCAUUUUCACCAUGCAACCCGCCCUAGACAUAGAACUCAACCAGCCCCCCGAAGACGGUAUAACUAAGAUCACCUUUUUGCCGCAAGACAACCUCCUCUUAGCCUCUUCAUGGGAUACGAGCGUGCGAAUCUACGAUACCCUACAUAACAGCCUACGAUUGAAGUACAACCAUAAAGCUUCCGUGCUCGACUGUUGCUUCUCAGAUAACCUUCACCUGUUCAGCGCAGGUAUCGACCGUGGGAUCAUCAUGUUCGACGUCGCCGGCGGGACGGAAAUCCCACUUGGAUCGCACAACGAACCCGUUCGCUCCCUCGUGUGGGAUCCAACCUCUAACGCCCUGCUCUCCGGCGGAUGGGACCUCACCCUGCGAGUCUGGGAUCCCAGAUCUCAAGACCGCCAAGUCGGGUGCUACCAACAGCCCGAGCGAGUCUACGCCAUGGAUUUGACCGGCAAUUACAUUAUCGUGGGCACCGCCGCAAGACAUGUCUGGAUAUGGGACCUGCGUCAUAUGAACGAACCCGUCCAAAGAAGAGAGUCGUCGCUAAAAUACCAAACCCGCUGUGUUCGCGCGUUUCCAGAUGGCGAUGGAUACGUCCUCAGCUCCACGGAAGGGCGAGUUGCCAUGGAGUACAUCGACCCAAGCUCAGAAGUUCAGGCAAAAAAAUACAUCUUCAAGUGCCAUAGAGUCAACAUAGAUGGUAUCGAUUACGCAUAUCCUGUCAACACCAUCGCAUAUCACCCUAUUCAAGGCACAUUUGCAACAGGGGGCGGGGACGGACAUGUAUGCAUAUGGGAUGGCAAGCAUAAGAAAAGACUCGCUCAACUCAGAAAAUAUCCAAUUUCUAUAUCCUCUGUCGACUUCUCUUCGGAUGGUGCCUACCUAGCCAUUGCAUCCAGCUACACUUUCGAAGAAGGCGAAAAAGACCACCCGCCAGAUAAAAUAUACGUCCGAUCUCUGAACACCUUCAUGUAAUACACACUCUGUAUAUAACGCACCGUCGAAUAAAAGCCCUCGUUUCUUUGUCUGCGCAUUCGACUCUUCGUUCAAUAAAAACCGGUCGCGGCUGCCUCGCGCCCGGAAGAGCCCUUGCUGUGGGACCCUCGCGCCUCAGCAUGCGCGUCUGGGCAAUUGGGUGCGCCCGCCAUACCGGAGCCAAUCUGAGGGGCGUUAUUCGAUAACUGACGUUUCUGGUGCUCAUCAAAAGAGAACGGUCAAAAGCGUACAUAAAAAUUCAAACGCGCAACGCCUCCUUUUUAACACGCCGCACCUUCUCUGCACGCAUCUGGUUCCCAGGACCGUUUGAGAGAUAGAGUUCGAUCUUCCGUCUAGAGGGGCACGUAGGUCGGAUGCCGUUCGCGAGCGCUCAGGAAAAACCUUCUAGCGCGAGAAACUGCUUC